CGGAUGUCAGCAGAAUUACUUCCGCUGAAGGCGUUCCAGGCAUCAUGUCGUCAGAAGCCGGGGUGUUGCUGUCUCCGGCUUCCAUCGGUCGUAGCGAUGCUCCUGUGUUUCCAGCGGUGCCGCUGUCGGCGGACGCCGCCCCGUUCAGCCCGCAGGAGCAGCCGCGGUGGAGCAGCGCUGCGUCCGGCGCGGAGCGGCACUUCUUCCGGUGCGGAGCCAAACUGCGGACGCUGCGGGCGGACUCGGAGCAGCUGCGGGAGGAGCUCAACUCGCUGUUCGACCAGAUCAUCUCCGAAAACUACAACACCUCCGCCGACCCGAGCGUCAACAUCCGACCUGAGGAGGUGUGUGUGCUGCUCCAACACGCCAGCCGACUGGUGCCGCUGACCCAAGAGCACCUGCUGGUCAAACUGUGCCGACUCAUCCACCACCUUCUCAAUCAGCUCAAGGUCAUCAUGGACGAACAGACCCUGGAGGUGCUCUUGAACUACGUCACCAGCGCCUUGAGAGUCUGCAGCGCCUGGACGCACUCCAGCGUCCUGCUGGCUCUCUCCACCGUGGUGUACGGGAACGGACCACAGUGCCAUCGGCACCUGGGCACUUUACUGGGCGACGACGGCGUCCUGCUGCGCUACAGUGCUCCUGCUCAGUCGGACGUGGAGCUGAAGCACGUGGCGCUCAAAUGUUUGGCCAGCGUUUGCCUCAGGAUCCCUGGUCAGCCGCCGCUGGACGAUCAAUACCGAAGCAUCUGUUUCAAAGUCUUCCUGAAGACGCUGCAGUCCCCCAGAUCCCCGGACACCGACGAGCUCUUUCACUGCAUGGUGGUCCAGGCUGCUCUGAAGGGGCUGCAGUAUUGUCUCUCUGGAGGGAAAUGGAAAUUUGUGGCAGCAGACGAACUGGGAUUCCUCCUGGCUGCUCUGAAGAGGCUGAUGUUCCAGGGAUCUCCGGGGGUCAACGUGGACUGGGCUGCGGUUCUCCACCCGGUUCCUCUACCCCCGUACGAGAGUCGCUCGGCCAGCAAGUGUGUGGAGGCACCCAAACCACCUCAGGUGUCCAAGGCUGCCGCUGGACCCGGAAAACAGAAUAAGAAGAGGAAAUCCAAAGGGAAGGGGAAGAAGACGAGCAGCGAGGAGGGAGAGGAGGACGAGGGCGAGGUGGCGGCCGAAGCCCCGCACGCCGCGCUGAGGCGCCCCCCUCUCUCCCCGGCUGCACCCACCUUUUACCCCUCCUGGAAACAGAACACAUCCGACUCUGAGUUUUCAGACCCAGAAGGAGGAGCCCAGGGCAAACUGAGACUGUACCACGCUGGCAUGCGACAGGGGGCGCUGCACUGCCUGCUGGCGGUGGUGAAAGGCGUGGAGAAGCGGACGCUGUACGGCUACUGGUCCUCCUUCAUCCCCGACGCUCCCGUCGCCGGAGGGACGCCGGCGCUCAGCCUGCUCACCGUGGUGCUGAAGGACCCGUCGCCGAAGGUGCGCACGGCCGCGCUGCAGGUGCUGGCCUCCAUCCUGGAGGGCUCCCGGCAGUUUCUGGCCGUAGCCGAAGACACAGCAUCGCCGCGUGCCUCCUACACGCCCUUCUCCUUCACCCUGGCCGCCGCCGUCCGGGAACUGCACCGCUCCCUCAGCCUGGCGCUGCUGUCGGAGACCUCGCCGCAGACGCUCACUCAGGUCAUCAAGUGCCUCGCCAACCUGGUGUCCAACGCUCCCUACCACCGUCUCCGGCCGGGUCUGCUGAGCCCGCUGUGGAGGCAGAUCUGCCCCUUUGUUCGCCACCGAGAGGUCAACGUGCGAGUGUCUGCGCUGACGCUGUAUGGCGCUCUGGUCUCCACGCAAGCGCCGCUUCCUGAGGUGCAGCUCCUCCUCCAGCAGCCAGAGGGCAGCAGCGCCGCGGGCUCCUUCUCACCCCAGGACUCGGCCCUCAGCUGGAGACAGAGAAGCUCCGCAUCUCCAUCCAAGCGCACCCCGAACCCUGCGUCCCCCCACCUGUCCCGCACGCCGGGCGAAGGGGACGGCUCGUCCCCGUGGCUGUUGCGGCUCUGCGUAGCUCUGGUGACGCAACCGCGGAAGGAGUCGCCGGACAGCGAGGCGGCGGGACCAGCAGGGGGCGCCCUGGAGCCGUCGCCGGUGCGACUGGAGGCUCUGCAGGUGCUGUGUCUCCUGGUGAAGGGCUACGUGUCGCUGGUGCCCACCUGUCUGUCGGAGGUGGGGCAGAUGUGCGCGCGCUGCCUAGAGGAGAGCGACCCCUCCAUACAGCUGCACGGCGCCAAGCUGCUGGAAGAACUGGGGACGGGAAUCAUCCAGCAGUACCGAGCGGAGAGCCACACCCCCGAGAGCGUCCGGGUCCCCGUCACGCAGGUGGUCCAGUUCUGGUCCGACGUCCUGAGCGGUCCGCUGAACCGAGCCCUGCAGAACGAGCAGCACCACAUGCUGCAGAAGAGCGCCUGCGACGCGCUGUCCUCCAUCCUGCCGCAGGCCUUCGCUCAGCUGCCCGACAAGACCCAGCUGAUGUGCAUCACCAUGGUGAUGGGCCUCACCUACAGCGAGGACACGCUGGUCAAGCGCGCCGCCGUCCGCACCCUGGGCGUCUACAUCUUGUUUCCGUGCCUCAGAGAGGACGUGAUGUUCGUGGCAGACACAGCCAACACCCUCCUGGCUGCGCUGGAGGACAAGUCUCCCAACGUGCGGAGCAAGGCGGCCUGGUCGCUGGGGAACCUGACCGACGCCCUCAUCAUGAACAAGGAGAGUGUGGGCGCGGAGUUUCAGGAGGAGCUGUCCGACAUGCUGCUGCUGAAGAUGCUGCAGGCCGCCACCCGAGCUGCUGCAGACAAGGAGAAGAUCAAGAGCAAUGCCAUGCGAGCGCUGGGGAGCCUGCUGCACUUCCUGCGUGAGAGUCAGCUGACCAGACCUGCCUUCCAGCGUCCGACGGAGGACGCUGUCCAAGCGCUGGUCCAGAACGUGCAGUCGGCGGCCGUCAUGAAGACGCGCUGGAACGCCUGCUAUGCUCUGGGAAAUGCCUUCCGGAACCCGGCGCUGCCCCUGGGCUCGGCGCCCUGGUCCCACCAUGCCUUCGCCGCCCUUUGCCACGUGGUCACCUCCUGCACCAACUUCAAAGUGAGGAUCAAGUCGGCGGCCGCCCUGGCCGCGCCCGCCCGCCGCGGCUGCUACGGCGACUCGGAGAGCUUCGCCAGCAUCUGCCGCUCGCUGGCCAGAGCCUACCACAGCAGCAAGGACGCCAACGACUUCCUGGAGUACUGCUACAGCGACAGCCUGAGACACACCAUCUCACACGCGCUGCUGCAUCUGCUGGCCGUCAGCGGGCCACAGGACGCUGCCGCCCUCGCAGACCUGCUGGGCGGCGAGGAGGGCCCCGGCAUCCAGGAGCACCUGGUCAAGUACCUGAGGGCUGAGGAGGGAGGGGAGGGGCAGGAGGGCGGCGCAGGAGACACCUUCAGUCCUCAGCAGAGGCUCCAGGACGUGAGGCGGACGCUGGCGCGCCUGCAGGGGGACGCUGCGGCGCCCGACACACACGUGCUGCUGGGGUUCUUACAGCAGCUGCUGAAGGCUUGUGAGGAGCUGUGAGGA